GGCGCCCAAUGGGAGCGGGGCGGCCGUGACGGCAGCGCGGAGCCGCACCGAGCGCCGGGCACUGCGCGUCCCCAGCUCCGCGCCGCCAUGUCGCGGCUCAGCCCGCCGGAGGAGAACCUGCAGGGUUCCUGGGUUGAACUUCACUUCAGCAGCAAUGGAAAUGGCAAUGGAAGCAGCACGGCAGCGACCAGCCAAGAACAAGUACCAGCUUCUAUCUCCAUUCACAAUGGUGACAUGGAGAAAAUACUCCUUGAUGCACAGCAUGAGUCUGGAAGAAGCAGUUCCAGAGAAAGUUCCCAUUGUGACAGCCCUCCUCGUUCCCAGACACCUCUGGACAGCCACAGAGCUCUGGAAAUAGAGAGCCACAGCAGUGGGGAAAAAAACAGCUUUCAGUCCGAAGAGGACUUCCUUGAGAGGAGGAAAGAGGUAGAAAGGCUGCUGAAGAAAAAUGCAGACUGGAUAUGGGAUUGGUCCAGCAGGCCGGAGAACAUCCCCCCAAAGGAGUUCCUGUUCAAACACCCCAGGCGCACAGCCACGCUCAGCAUGAGGAACACCAGUGUCAUGAAGAAAGGGGGGAUAUUUUCAGCAGAAUUUUUGAAGGUUUUCCUCCCAUCUCUGCUUCUUUCUCAUUUGCUUGCCAUUGGACUGGGGAUUUACAUUGGAAGGCGCCUCACAACCACAGCUUCGAGCAGUUCUUUCUGAAGGCACCCGACGUGGUUUCGAAGCAAACAUUGGUGUGGGAAUGCAGGAGGUGAGCUGCAGCACCUGUCCCAGCAGCGACUGCGCCAUCAGCGUGCACUCGUUCUGUGAACGCUGUGUUCCUCGUUUAGUAAGAGUGUAAGGGAAAAGACACUAAAGCUAACGUCUCGUGUCGUCUUCUGGAGCAAUGCAUAACGCAUCUGAAUCAUGCUCUGGCAGCUGCUGCCUUGCUUUGUAGUGAAGUAUCUCUGAGAGCUCACAUAAAUGGGUGUUUAAAAACAGAAGCUUAGCUUUGAGUAUCUCGCUGAGUCACGGUUGCAAUAUUAAAGUGCUGCUUCCUUACACUUUGUAGAUGUGGAUGUUUGUCACUGCUCUGCAGUGGUGACGAUGAGGGAUUAGCCCAAAACGACGUGUGGCCUUAUGUAUCACAGACAGGAUUCUCAGUAAGCUUUCACCUCGCUUGAAGCUGUUUCCUUUUAGACUUUGCUCAGCUCUCCUUCACUUUUGUGUGAGAUGUGAAACGGGCACCUGGAAGAAAUUGCUCUAUUGGUGAAACUUCCAUCAGUUUUUACUACUCCAGUGUGACACGCAACAGCCUGAAAUGAAAUUUGGACUCUAGUGCCUAAUAAUUUCUUCUGCAAAGGCAAUUUAACUCCCCAGCUAAUUGGAUCUCCUUCUGCUGUAUCUCAGACUGUCGCUUCUCAGUCUUUUUUACCUGUAAAAUAAAUUUGCAUCUUCUAUUUGCCUCAUCCACAUAUAAACUUCAAGAUCUGCUUGCUUGCUUGUACUAACGGAAUGCCUUUACCUACAGUAAUUUUAUCUUAUUUAAUGAGAAAAAAGCAGAUGUUUGCCAAAUUGUUUUGUAUAUUUCAAUAAAACAGUUCCUCACA